AUGACCAUGACACCCAUGAGUACCUCCCCGAGGAGUGUGAAAACAAGCCCGGCAUCAGUGGAUGUCAGCUGGUAUUGCUACUUGAGCGUGUUAGCAGUGGUACUGAAUACAAAUAAUGCCUCACCAUGGACGAAUGAGUUUGACAAAAUUGAGCUAUCAUGUCUGAUUGAGUCAAUUUCUACAACCAACCCCAGAAUUGAAUGGAAGAAAAUAACAAGUGAGGGGCCAAGCUAUGUGUACUUUGACAAGAAGAUCUCAGGCGACCUUGAGAACAGAGCAGUGAUCAGAGAACCUGCCACGUUACUGAUAACCAAUGCCACAAGAUCGGACACGGCCAAGUAUCGAUGUGAGGUCACUGCUGCAGACGACCAGAAAUCCUUUGAUGAGAUUGUGAUUGACCUGGUUGUAAGAGUGAAGCCAGUUGUGCCAAAAUGCAGUGUCCCAAAAUCGGUGCCCUUUGGGAAGUCGGCUGAGCUGAGCUGUGUGGAGGAGGAGGGCUUCCCCAAGUCUCAGUAUAAGUGGUUUAAGAACAAGGAGGAGCUGCCUGAUGACCCAAAGACCAGCCUCAAGUUCUUCAACUCCUCAUACACGCUCAGCGCAGAAACAGGAACUCUGAAGUUCAUCGCAGUCAGGAAAGAAGAUGCGGGCGAGUACUUUUGCCGAGCACAGAAUGAUGCAGGAUCUACUCAGUGUGCAGCCCAGCACAUGGAAGUGUAUGAUAUUGACAUUGUGGGGAUCAUCCUGGGAGUGCUGGUGGUGGUCGUUGUACUCUUAUGUAUAACGGUGGGAAUCUGCUGUGCUUACAAACAAGGCUACUUCUCCAGCCAGAAGCAGACGGGGAACAAUUACAAAGUUCCAGCUAAAGGAGAUGGAGUGGACUACGUCAGGACGGAGGAUGAGGGGGAUUUCCGACACAAGUCGUCAUUUGUGAUCUAAAAAAGACAAUGAGUGCUGCUGUGACACACGGGUCUGCCCUCCACGCUGUCCGACCACCGAGCUGCCACAGUUCCUGCUCCGACCUCUCAGCACGCCGGGAAUCCAACUUCACAAAGUCUGCCAAAGGUGGUGGCAUUUCAUUUCACAACAUGUAAAAAUAGUAUGUGCAUAGGAACUGAGAACCAUUUAACUUUAUUACCCUCGACUGAGUUGUUUUGCUAUAAAUGAUGUAGUUCUUCUGUUACAGUGAUUGCAUGCUUUUAAACACUGAAGGAGGCGGAAAACAGUUUGUUCUGUCCACCAGAACAGGACGAGUCUCUGCUCCGCAGUCGGUCGAUCGUGACACCCGUCUACUGGAAACGUUCAGUUUCAAACUUUUUGUCAUUUAUAUAACAUUUCUUUUUCUACUGUUAAAAUUUGUCAGACUAUUUUUGAUGGAAUAUAUUUUAAAAUGCCUAUAUAUAAAGGUUUACUUUUUUAAGUAUUUGUAAAUGACUAACAUGUUUUCUUUGGGACGGUUGUGGAAAAAAAAAAAUGAUGUAACACAAACCACUCUGCAUAAAGUUGUAAGCAUUUACACCUUUUUCAGAAGAAAGAUGAAAAGCGACUCGUAGUAGCAUAUCACGACGUGUUCCCCGAUCGGCGGUCUUACAUAUUGAAUUUGUCGGCUGGGAUUGUCCAGGCUGUGUCGUGACUGAGUUCCAUGUUGAUGUUUGUAGAUAGUCUUAGUAAGAUGUUCUGAGAGUGCCAGAUGCUGUGAAACACUGUACACAAUCAGUGCUGCGUUUUCUUGGUUUAAGUGUCCUUCUCUGCUUGCUGUUAAUCUUGUAUAUAUUGAAGUUGCUGUCGGGAUAGUUUUUGCUGUCAUAUAUUUGUUGAGUACUUCACUAUAUUAAUCAUAGUAAUAUUAAUACAGGGUUUGUAAGUUAACCUUCCAGACUCAAAAGAAGCUAGACAAAAAUGAUUGUGGACUGUUGAAAGAAAGUAAACAUGGUACAUUUUUCAAAGUAAAAGCCUCCAGAGAGAAAAACGGCUCCAUCCUGGUCAGCAGAGCAAAGCUGUUAUCAGGUGAUUUAAACUACCAAAGUUCCAAUGCGCCAAAUCCACAGGACGACAGUCAGGCAGAGCACAUGCUCGGAUAGUGUUUUUAUGGGACUCCGAGUGAACUUUGACCCCGGGUACAGCUGCGUUCUGUCCCAGCUGAUCACACCUACUCAAAACAGCGUUUGUGAUUUCACCAGAUGUGCAGCAGCACAUUUCAAACGUGUCUCAGUCACUCAGCAUUGUGAUUCUGUAUUCACAAUAAAAGCCGCUGUUCAAACUAAAAGCUCGGCUGAAGCGGGCGGAGAGCAGAGCAGAAACACGUGACGUGACGACACACCUGGUUCAUUCCUGGGUUCAGUGACUGGAUGUUUUAAAUGGAGAGAACAAACAAAGCUUUCAGCUUAUUCUGAAGCUUGUUCUGUUCUCAGUCUCCUGAGCAGAGCUGAAGGUGAGCAGGCCUGACCUGACAGCAGUGUCACAGUGAGGUUCAGCUGCUCGGGGUCUGGAGGGUUAUCGCUUGUACUAAUUGUAAAUAGCUUUUUGGGGUUUUUUUGCUCUUCUUUCACAAGAUGAUGUAAAGUGAUAAAACGUUUUAAAAAUAUAUAUAUUUCCUGUUUGAGGCAAUAUGAAACUCUUUCCAUUUGUAAGACUGAAAGAAGGGUAACAUUGUAUCAGAACACGUGAGCAGGAGCUUGUUGGGGCAGUUUUUAAAAAGCACUCAGCACCAACUGUCCUCUCCCUCAGUCUUCUCCUUUUUUUUCGCCUUAUUUGAGCUCUAACAGGGUUUUAAAGGCAGCUGACAUGUAUCAGUAUUCAUGCAGCUAUCUCUUGUUCAGCUGUGCUCGGUGUUUUCUCUUCAGGAAACGCGGUCAAAUGUUAACCAAUUAUCAGUCGUGGUAGAGACGAUCUGCCCGGCGUUUGCACAGCAGCGCUGCCCAGUCUAUUAUGUUGCAUUAGGGAACCGAGAUGCAGCAUGUACUAUCAGCCCAAAUAAGGUCACAAAUGAGUCCUGUUGCAUAAUAAUGGUGAGAUUCUGAAGUUUCACCUCCUCAUCUGUGCAUAGUUCAUUCCUCUUAAGUGCCUUCAGCCUUCAGACUAGUGCAGUUUCCCACCUGUACCUUCUACGACGCAGCCACAGUGUUUUUCCCUCUUCUUUAACCACAAGCAUGGCGUUUGAGAGGAAUGAUGACAUCACCAUUUUCCACUUCCCUUCUUUACAUAUCUCCAAAUUUGUAAAUAGCUUUUGAAAAUAGAUUUGAAGGUGUAUACAUGUUGAAGUAGAAAUGAAAAAUAAUAGUGCCUAUAUAUAGUGGGGAUUAUUUUUAGUAAAGACAUAUAGCACUAUUAGGAAAAAAAAAAAAGAUUGAUACCCGUAGCUUGAGCUCUGGUUUAUGACGUCUUUUUUCUGGUUUUCGUUUCAGUGAUUGGCCCAAAACUUCAGUUAGUGCAUCUAUGGUGUUUCAAUAUAAACCCUAAACACAUUUGGAAAAACCGAUUUAGCCAAUACUGAUAUUUUUUUCUGUUUUUUGUUUUGUUUAUGUUAUUUAUUCUUCUCUGUGCUAUUUUAGUUCUUCAUCACACUGUGUUUAAAAUGAUGGGACACGACCGGCAUCAGGAAACACCGUCUUACUUACCGUUAGCACCGGUGUGGAUCAGCAGGGCCGGUAAUGGCAGAUGAGGUUAAGACUAAAGGAGCUGGGGUUGUUUAUGUGGAUUUUAUAAACCAGAGUUCAUGCAAGGUUUUGCUCACAAACAAUGAAGAAUUAUUGCAGCGCAGCUCCACACAUGCCGGCACUGUCCCAUCGAGCGAGUGUCUGUAGGCUGGUUGGGUGUUCUGAGAGCAGACUGGCAGGCUGACUCUGCUGCCUUUCAGUGUAAGGAGGGCUGCGGUGCAGUGAUCCAGCACUGCGGGAACUGUGUCUGCACCCGGCCCUCUGACCCAAACGUCAAUGCCUUUUUGGAGCCUUUUUUUUUUUGUUCAUUUCAGAACCACUCUAUUUGUGAUUAAUAAAACUCACUUCUAAUAUCACUGAAGGUGUUUAGUGUGUUUUGUAUUUAUGCGUGUGCGUGUGGUGAGGAUUCUGAAUUUGUGCUGCCAG